UGGGCGUCACCAUGACAAUCCCCGGGCACGUGACCGAGAGCCAGCAGCGACCCUCGCGCCGCCAGCGCAGGCAUGGACGAUGGUUUCCUCAUGGAGGUGUGCGUGGACUCGGUGGAGUCCGCUGUCAACGCCGAGCGCGGAGGUGCCGGCCGGAUCGAGCUGUGCGCGGGCCUCGUGGAAGGAGGGACCACCCCGAGCAUGGGGCUCCUGCAGGUGGUGAAGCAGUGUGUGAGGGUCCCCGUGUUCGUGAUGAUCCGCCCUCGCGGUGGCGAUUUUCUCUACUCGGACCGUGAGGUGGAGGUGAUGAAGGCCGAUAUCCGCCUGGCCAAGCUGCACGGGGCUGACGGGCUGGUGUUCGGGGCCCUCACUGAGGAUGGGCGCAUUGAUACCGAGCUCUGCACAGCACUGCUGGCUGUGAGCCGUCCCCUGCCCGUCACGUUUCACCGAGCCUUUGACAUGGUGCAUGACCCUCUGGUGGCAUUGGAGACCCUGAUUUCUCUGGGCUUUGAGCGGGUAUUGACAAGUGGCUGCGACAGCUCAGCACUGGAAGGAUUGUCCUUAAUUAAGAGGCUUGUGGAACAGGCAAAGGGCAGAAUUGUGGUGAUGCCAGGGGGUGGCAUCACGGAGCGCAAUCUGCAGAGGAUUCUGGAAGGCUCCACUGCUUCUGAGUUUCACUGCUCUGCUCGCUCAGCCCGGGACUCAGGAAUGAAGUUCAGAAAUCCAAACGUUGCCAUGGGAGCAUCCUUCUCUGCCCCAGAAUACUCCAUAAAGGUGGCAGACGUUGCCAAAGUGAGGACCCUGAAUGCCAUUGCAAAGAACAUUCUGUAGUGGAAGACACCAUGCUGGGUCAAGAGCCCUGAGAUUGCAGGGUUUUUCCUGCUGCGUGGACAGAUGGACCCUGGUCCUCAGGCUGAAGAGAAUGUGAACUAGGUCAAGGAUCAUGACAUCUCUUCCUUGGUUUCCCCUGAAUGACCAGUCCCUGGCCUGGAAACUUAAUGUUGGCCAUUUUAAAUAAAUGGACUCAUUCCCAGAUGUUGCAGCAGCAAGGUGUUUGGCACUGUUUGGGAGAAAUGGUGUCGAGCAAGCAGGGGGGGCUGAGUUGUAUUGUGUAUGAUUGUCAAAUAAACACGGCAGCUGCCCAACCCCCUCUU